AGCCAAUGAGCGCCCUGCCCGUGAUGUCAGCGCGGUUCGGCUGGACAUGCCUCGUUCCGAGGAGGCCAACCCGAUUGGUUAGCUAAUUUUGGAUUACGUGAUCUUCACUGAGGGCGAUUUGCGAUUUGCAUACAUGGUACACCCUCGCGUCAUUUGGGGUCAGAGAGCCAACGAUAAUGGACCUGUGUUCACGUACAUUACACCACAUUGUAUGGCUAACAUUUCAUGGCUGUUUGUGACGGAGCGAUCCGGCGAAGAGAGGCCAGCGGCUAACAAAGCGUGAAGGCCACGGAGUUGUGUACAUGGCUGUUUGCCAAUAGGGGAGUGCAGGGGGAGAUGGCGGAGUGCGGGAAUGAUGCUAGUACGGAGGAAACUAUAUCGCAAGCAUCACAUAGACACACCACCAACGGACACUCCCACGGAAGUAACGGUGUCACUGAUAGAGGGACAUUUUCGAAGGAGAGAAACAUGGGAGGAGAGGACGAGAAGAAGACAGUCGUGCAGGAUAUUCCUUUGGAUUUUUCUGUGAAAAGGAAAAGUGUUGAGUCGAUCUCAGAAAGUCUGACAGACGAUUCUCAAGUGUCGUCAGUGAGCCCACCAGCUAGUCAUGGGUCUCAGGAAUCAUACCCUGAACAUAAAUCCAACGAAACUACCUCCAAUGGUUCCAGUCGGUCCUCGGACCCAAUUGGUGACCCCCGGGCAUCUUUACCGCUGUCCCCCAACUCCCUACCCAUGGGUCUUGUCCCGGGGAUGGGAUCAGGCUUCGUGCCUAAUGGACACUUGCCCAAUAUGCCUGGCUUCAUGGACCAAAGACUAUUGCACGGGAAUAAGAAUUCUCGCCCGUUCAAAGCCUACCCCAAGGAAGCAUUAUCAAUGCCAUUGGGGUAUUACGGGAUGGCAGGGAUGCCGCCUAUGCCUCAAAUUGACGGACAAGCCUUGCAGGGGCUCAAUUUGAGUUCGGACGAAAUUAUGAACAUAUAUCAACAACAACUUCAGGUGCUUCGUGAACGAGAUAAACAACUUUUAACCAUGGCAAAACAACACAUGCGCGUGGAAACAACGAGCCCGACACGUACGGGCGCCAGCAGCAGCGGCAGCAGCAACAACGGAACAACGAUGUCGCCGCCUUUGCCAAAUUGCGUGUCCCCCCAACCCCGCCUCCCCCCUCCUUCUAGCCGCCCAAGCCCCAUGGUCUCGAGUACCUCCGCCCUCACAGCGGCAGGGCGCAAGCGGCCAAGGUCCUUACCAGAUGAACAAAAGGAUUCUGCAUAUUGGGAAAGAAGAAGAAAAAACAAUGAUGCUGCAAAACGGUCCCGGGAUGCCAGGCGUGCAAAAGAAGACGAAAUUGCAAUCCGUGCUGCACUCUUGGAGCAAGAAAACCUCAAACUCCGAGUGGAGGUGGCAGCACUGAAAACAGAGACGGCCCGACUUCGGUGUAUGUUGUAUAACAGCUAGUGGAUUUCUUGACCACCGGUCAGCAGCCUAUCUACCUCAGCAAUGGACACAGGUUCGUCAGUCUACUACCUCAGUCCCUGUCUCGCUUUCUAUCCUACAUGUUGCAGGGGUUUAAUGGACAUGUUGUUUGCCAAUUAUAUGCAAAUGUCUUAUGUGUUUAGUCAUUGCUGUACGUUAAGGAAACUCCCGUCAAGAACAUGCACCGUGCUUGGGAUAUGCUGUGGGGUCGUGUUUACAACAGCCAUCUAUCCAUUCAUACCCUGCUGUACGAGCCGCUGAGCACUACCGGUCACGUGACCUCUCAGCUGUUCAUUCAUGUGUGUAUGCUUCAAGACUUGACAUGCCCUCUCCUGAGGUAGGUUCGUCGACGGGCUGGAACACCCACUCCGAUACGGGUCACGUCACUGUGCUGCCGGCCGUUUGGGCACGUUGUUGUCAUUACAUGUACAUAUAAUGCAUUACUAUAUACAAUUCUCAGGGACUGCUAGGCUGCUCCGUGUUAAAUACUCCAGCUGUCAAGCGCAUCCUCAAAACCACACCCGUAUAUUAUCCCCAACCUCAAGUGCAACUCGUAAGAGCUAGUACGGUUCAUAUAAUCUUGUUUUACUUGACACGGGAUUGAGUCACAAUCAAUACGAAAUAGGGCGCAACACGCAACACAAAAACCUCAACCCAUCCCUUCCUCACCCCCAUUCAACCGGCAGGUUCAUCCGGUUCGGAGAAUUAUCUUCCCCGGGUGCACCCGAGUGCAUCCAGAACGCUUAAAAUGUUAAUAAGUUCGGCUUGAUAGAUCCAUGAUUGUUGAGGCCUGGUAAUCUAAUCGACAGGUGUAGCGGAAGAGAUCGACUUGGACCAGCUUUUAUCAUUGAUUUGGAAUUUGAUGUCUCUGCUAAAACACCGACCCAUUGUUUGUUCCUAUUUGUUAUGCACAGAGAUGUUCAUUGUGAGCCAUUAUUUAUGCCAUAUUACUUACUACAAGUUGUUUAAUUGUGUUGUCGUGUCCCCUGUGCCCACGCGCCUAUUCAAAGUUCGUCGUCUUAAUGUCACAGAUUAGUUCGUAUUUUAUACCAGAUCAAGUUCUCCAAAACCUUUGAGUGUUGUGAAAAUUGAAUUAGUGCUCAAGAUCUCGGUGUAGGUUAAGGUGAAAUUGGAUUCAGUCUCACCUGAAGUGCUAUUUUCCCGAAUCGAGAAAAGUGUUCAUUGAUAGGUUCCAUAGUAAGUGCUAAGCUCCUCUUUUUUAUGGAUCCCUGUUGCUAUGUGUAUUGAGUGCUGUUGAAUCUAUUAGUGCUAAUCGAUUGUGUAUUUUGCUGGUGUAACCAAUCGCAGAAAUAUGUAGGACUUUCCCACACUGUCUUGUAUCAUAAACAGCUGAUUAUUGCACACGUGAUUAAGUCCUACGAAUUCAUGUGAUUUCUAAUACGCCCUUAUGACAUGUUUAGUGCUUUGCGUAAUAACCACGCCAUUCUCCCAGCAUUGGCCUUUCCCCGACCAGACAAAUCAUAGGAGUUUUUAACACGGAGUAGUUUAUCAAGGUUUUGCAUUACGGUGGGAAUGAGUGCGAAAUGUUAGUAUGUUAUUGCCGAAUAACUAUGUUGGCUGGCGACCAGAGAUCCUUUUGUUCAUAUAGACCUUGAUUAUUGACGUCAUGAUUAUUGACGAUACGGGUGUAUUUUAUUACGAUGUUCUCAGUGCUCAACUACGGAAGCAAGACGGCACCUUGCCCACUUCCAAGUUCCAAUCUAAUAUUCAUAAUUGUACACAAUUCACGGUCUCAUGAAGGAUGUGUUUUUAACUCAGGGUUCAUAUCCGAAAUAAAUGAUGUUGGAUGAAUUCGGAUAGAUGGUGGUAUAUUUGUGUGCAUACGAAUAGAUUGUGUUAGAAGCAGCCAAUACCCUGUCUUCAGAUCUGAACUGAGUGGUACUGUUAGGUCAAAGAUGGUACUUGUGUUUCAAGUAACAUGUAAUUAAUAGAUUUUUUAAAUAUCAAUUUUAAUGAGUGUUCUUGACGACCAGCUACAGAUGUGAUAAUAUUUUCCAAGUCGCAAGAAAAAGCACGAAUUGACUUUGUUACUCGAAACACAAGUAUUUUGGGUUCUUUGAUGAAAAAGAUAUUGCAACUUUACUUUAGAUUAACAGUGUUGUAUUUAUCGUAGAUUUUGUUGUGUAGGUCGUUGAGGUAGCUCUCUUUGUUUAUGUUUGUGUUUUUAUGAUUGAACUGUUGCUAUUUGAACGAGCGGGUGUUUUAAGUACAUGCAUAUGUAUGUAUGAUUGUUUUUUUCGGUGUUUCAUUGUACUUUGUCAUGAACUGAUGACUUGUGCUUUUUUUUGUAAACCCUUCAUAAACGUUGCCACACGUUUGAAUUCACCAAGGGUUGUGAGGAAUGGUAUUACGGGUAGAUGAAUGCAUUUUAUUCAAAAAAUGUCACAUUAAGCCACACUCACAGAACGCGGUGAACUAGAUAAAAAAACAUCGUUUUGCUCCAACUCAGAAACACCCAUCCUUACGUUUCACAAGGUAUACCUGGUUGGUUUAAAUCAGCAGCUGCGUCAUCAGUUGUGAAUAUAUGGCAAGAAUUGAAAAGCAUAACAAUUAAUGGUCUUCAUACUGAAAAGGCCAUGUAACACGCUAUGCCUUCUGGCCAUCAUAAAAUCGUUAUUCUGAAACACAGAAGAUAAACUUCGUCAUUAGAGAAUAUGCCCCGGGGGGUCGUCGUUAGGACGAUUCCCCCUCCACAUCGAUUGUAACAAUGAUAAACCUCAGGGAUGAUACAUCGCAUUUAUCUCUGGAUUGGAUUGAAACAUAAUAAACAGCCUUUUUUCGGGGGCGCUGGGUACACUCAGGCGCUUUUAUUCAAUGUCGUACAAACGGUAAAAUGCGCCAUGGAAAACACCGAUAUCAACAGAUUCGAGAGAUUAUUUCUUUCUAUUUUUGCACAAACUAUUCCUUUAGAACUCAAUCUUUUGACGAUGACAAAUCAUGUUUCCCGAACUUCGGUCUUUUACAGCAAUUCACAUUGUUAGCAUGUGGGUACGUAUUGAACAAAUCCCCUUCAACUAUUUUCUGAAAAGGAGAUGCUAUUUUGUAUACAAUUUGAUUACUGAUUUACCAGCAUUCAUGAGACCAAUCACACCAAGGGGCCUGGGCUAGUUAGUGUGUUUGUGUAAUUGUAGUACUAUUUUAUUGUAAUAGUUAUUUUAUAUGUGUCACUGCCAAUUUGGGCAUUUGCCUUUGUUAAAUCAGUGUAGUAGCAUUCGUCGGCUCUGCAGUUGUAAUAGGUUGUCUAACAGACAGCUUCUUUCGUACACACUAUCUACCUCACGACUACCCCCAUGGGCAGCUGGUGUUGGGGGCUUUCAAAGUAAUAUUGUUAAUCCACCUGCUGUCCAUGGGAAUGUCUCACAGUCCCAAUGUCUGCUCGCUCGCUCCAUUUUGUUCUCAGGGAAUUACAUCAUAUGUCAUGUUGCUAUGUAUAUUAUCAUCGUAUGUAUUCACUCGCACGAAGGGCGUGAGAAUUAUAUACUAUUGUGUUUAAUAUGUAUGCAUUGAAUGUAUAUUGCACUGUCACUUUGAAUUUUAAGGUUACUACUUGUUUUGUACAUUUUCUAAAAAAUAUCCAUGUUUCAAGUUAUUGUCAUUAACGUUAUGGAUUUAUUGAUGACCUGCACCAUGCUGGUUUGUUUUAUAAAUUUCAUUACAUAAGAAACCAUUUCCUACGUUACCCUAGAAACCAGUUCGGUUUGCACGUUGUGAUGGCCUGUUUUGGUAAUUUCAAUGUAGGACACUUAAUAUCCAUCACAAACGCAAAAAAAGUCCACACUUAUCUGUUUGAAAUGCAUUUGGCUGAAAGCAUUCCACGUCAAACGCAGUGGUAUUAGUUGCAUUUUUUAAGAUCUUCACUGACCAAUGAAGGGGCGUAUUGUGUUUGAAGUUAAUAAGGUGUCGUUUGGAAACGACUCUCGUAAACAGCUGAGAAACGAAGCUUCGGGGCAUGGUGAUCAUACGAUCGGUUACGAGAAGUAAAUAUUCACCACACAUCUCCAUCUUUUGAAUAAUAUAUGCUGGCAAUGUCUUACGUCUUCAUCUUUGGAUGUUACAGGUGAAAUCGAUUUACCUAUGAUUUAUGUGAUUUGUUCAACAAGUAGCAUAAUUCGAAUUUUAAUUUGAGAAUAAUAUGGCGUUGUAUUGACUAUUUUCAAUCCAUGUUAAUGUGUGAGUUUUGAAACACUAGAGAACUGAACGCAUGUGUUGAAAAAAAUCAAUGUUAUCAGGUGUGACUACCAACAUGUGUCGUAUUUUGCGGUCAUGGAUGUUAAGUGUUGCACUAUUGGCUAUAUAUUAUGUGUCAGUCAGCGGUUUAUUUUUAAAUAGUGAAUAUGAAAACCUGAUUGUUUGAAACGUUGAUAUAUAGCAGAAUAGUUUAAAUAGAACUUCAAUCGCAUUAGUGCUAUAUCAGUUGAUAUGCCAAUGUCGUGCUAAAAUGUUUUGUCUUAUUUAAUGUUCAACUAUUUUGUGGACAUUCAGCAUGGUGUUUGUCUGUGUCAAUACAGUGCUCAAAGUGUUGUAUAUUGCGCUAGUUUCUACUGUUUGUGUAACUAUUACAUCACUUUAUGUCAUACAAAAAUGGUGCAUUUCUGACCGAAAGCCGUUUCAUAGAAAUCCACUAGUGUAUCACCAUAUUGUGGCCCAGUUCAUUAUGUGAAUUAGUUGUACCCUGAAGGGUAACAGAAAGCUUCAUGUCAAGUGCUAUUUUUGUCUAGGAAUUUUUAGUGUAUAUGUGGUAUGAAUCAUUUGAGUGCUUCAAGGCCAUUGGUGCAUAUCCUUAUCCUUUGAUAAAUGGCUUAUGAGUCUAACAUACUUCAUGAAACCAAACAGUUUCUGUUGACUAAGGAAGGAUACAUUCUUCUUCUAAAAAUCCAAAUGAUUUAAGAUUGUUCAAUGUAGCAUUUUCCGCUGUCAUCGAAAUCAACACAGUUAUGUUUUUGGUAUUUGAGUACUUUUAUUCGAUGUUUUCAUUCAAUUUUGAAACUAAAAGAUGUUUUCGGAAUUGGUAGUGAGUUGUGUUUACGCAGUAAUUAGCGUAAAGGCGUAAUGAUAAUAUAUUCUUUGUAUUCAGUUUGAAUUUGCCUGACAUGUUAUCAUUUACUUUAGAAGCAGAAAUGGUGUACGCAUUGGAAAACCUUUUUAAAUCAUACGAACUCAAAAGAAAUGUUUAUGGGUUAAGAUUAUUUAAAUAGACUUCACAUUAAUACUUUUUUCCGACGAAAACGGGUUUAUUGUCACUGUUUACAGUAGAUUAGACAUUGUAUAUUUUCAUCUCCCUGACAUUGGGUUGCAUGUUCAUAAAUCACACCAGACAGGCGAUAUGCCUGUGCGUUCAGCGUUCAUGAGCCCAAAUUAUAUCUGGUCCUAUUUAUAGUACCACGUGAUGUGCACACUCUACGGAAGUGACGCAACGCUAUGGGUGACAUUGCAGAUUUAAUAACAGUUUGCGUGGCUGUCAUGCAUCUUUAACCAUACAGUUAUUGAGAAGAUCUUUUGAGCGAAAAUUAUAUUUUAUUUUAGUCUAUAAUGUGUAAUUGUAACCACUUCGUUUUACUUUAAAUUGUUCUAGUUUCUUUACUGUUAGAUUAAUUUAGUUUCAUAUGCAAGCUCGCAAUUGAGCGCCACAAUGUGAUCCUGGAGUGAAGAGAUGGGGGCACUUGUUUGUGAAAUGUAGUGUACAUUUUAUAUUCCCAAAAGUAUAUUUUUGAUGUAUUGGGGAAAAUGUGCACAUACUUUCAAUUCAAUGCUAUAUUCCUGAUAUUGUUAUUUUUCAUACGAUAUUUGCGUGGAUGUGUUGUAUGGUGACUAAAAAUAAUAAUAUUUACCUUCUUGAUAAUAUUAUUACCAAAGUACAUGUCAAUUGGUCGAAUAAAAACGACCAUAGCUUCAUUCAUUGACUUUCAACAAUCAUCGUAUCCAAAAUCGUAUAACCUUGAUCAGGGACGACGAGUGAUGUCGUUCAGCCCUUAUCGAGAUUAGCUUAUUAUUGACUCACGGUUUGUUUCUAUUUACUCCGAGUAGCUGUCGAGCUGUCUCAAAGGUAUUUAUCACGAGAAGCCUUUUUAUUUCCAUCGAUUAUUCAAACCUGUACAUUUCAGUGCUGUUCAUUCAUAUACGGCAUUUCAUUACAUUUCAUGCUCAGGAAAGAACAAUCAAAAUUAUAGUCACAUCAACAUUCGCUUUCUCAAAUUUGUUGAUCUUAUCAGUAAGAAGGUAAACAAAUUUCGUUAAUCUACUUCGUUGCUCAUCGACGGCAACGCCCAUAACGGUUCGUCUUUCAUGUCCACAUUCUACUCCUGUUGAUCAAAAUGUGAUUGUUGCGGGUGAAUGGUCAUAUCAUAAUAUGCAUGCCUUGUCGGUCCAUCUACCUCGUUAACAUAUCCAUUCCCGUAAGUAUUCGGUAAUGUCCGUUACAUAACGGAAACAACCGAAGUGUUCCGAAUGGGAACUCGAGUGCCUGUUCUCCAAGGCACCCAUCUCUUCACUUGUAAUAUUAUAUGCGAGUCUGCGGUCCCUAUGUAGCAUUCUGAUAUUGAUGAGCGGGUAUGUUUGUCGGGUAACCAUCAGCGGGUUUUUUAACCUACCUCACUUUCUCAAAACUCUCACAUAUAUAUAGAGUAUUGUUAUUUAUGGAGAAUGUUUCGCCAUGAAGCGAAUUUUAUUAAAAUCUGUAACACGUUAA